AUGCCGCGUAUGCGCCGCGCCGCGCCGCGCGCGUUGGGCGGCGCGGAGCCGGCGCAGGAAAACGUGCCGAGGCCAGACGCACCUCCUGCGUCUGUGCCUUGGUUCAUGCAGGAAGAGGUUGUGGAUGUGCCAGAGGCGCAAGAGGACCGCAGCACAUCGCCCAUUGCCUGGGUUCCCCCGUACCUCCCGGCGACGACCGACAUUCCCGCCGCCGUCUCCAACAUGAUUGAUCUGUGCGUCGACGGGCCGCUGCACGGCCUCGUCGCGCGCCCCAAGGCGCCCGAAGACAUCGACGACCAGCACUGGGGCUCGGUCGUGCGCGCCUCGCCGCUCGCCGUGAUCAAGCCCAUGCCGGGCUCGGAAGCGGUCCAGGAAGGCCAGGACUGGAUCGUGGUGGUCGAAGUACGCGGCGAGGGCGUCGGUGGCGUGCGCCGCGUCGCUACCGAGAUUGGAACCUAUCUCAAGCAUACCCGCCCGCCCGCACCGACGCCGGCCGCGGAGCUGACGCUCGACGACUUCCUCGGCGCCCCCGAGGUCGUCGAGGAGCCGCGGGGCGAGCGCCCGGCGGGCCUGUCGCGCAUCGAGCACGAGCUCGGCACCGAGCUGCCUGCGUGGAAGAUUCAAGAGAUUGCGCUCUCGCGCAAGUUUCCCGACGGCUGGACGCCCAGCACCAAGCUCUCGCACGAGGCACAGCACGGCCUGCGCCUCUUGCACGCGUCCGAUCCCGAGCGUUUUGACAUCAGUGUGCUGAGCCGCCGCUUCCGCAUCAGCCCGGAGAGCGUGCGCCGCAUCCUCAAGUCGCGCUGGCGCCCGUCGCCCGAGGAAGCCGAGCGGCAGAACCGCCGCGCCAAGGCGCUGGAGGCGUCGCGCAACGAGCCCCUCUCGCGCGAGCAAGAGGAGCUCGCGGCGCUGCGUGGCGACGUGCCGCUUGAGCCUGCGCACCGCCCCGAGGCCGCGCACGACGCGUACGAGCACCCAGUGCGUUUCGAGGGGCUCGUGUCCAGCGCGGACCUCGCCGUGGGCCGUGCGCGGCAAAAGAGCGUCGCGUCGCGCGGCAGCGGCGACUGGUGCCUGGUGGAUGCGGGCUGGUGCGUUGUGCACGUCAUGACCGAGUCGGCGCGUGCACUCGUUCCGUGCGCCCACUAG